CAGUAGUUGAAAAGUGGUUCACGAGUUUAUAACACUAAAGUGAUUAGAGGUUAUCGUUGAGUGAAAUUAACAAAAGUCAAGAAUUUGUAGCAAAUUGUCGGAAACGAUGACCAAAACCAGUGAUAACUCAGUGAUCAUCCGAAAGAUGACCAAAAGUGAUGUCUCGCAAGCGCUGGAUGUGUUCGCCAGUCAUGGCUACUACGAGAUCACACAUUCCGUGCAGACAUUCCUAGCGGUGGACAGUCAGGCCUUUUACGUGGCCAUCGAUACCACUAAUGAUAUGGUGAUCGGGUGCUGCGGGGGUCCGUUCCUGAGGCCGGACACGGCGUUCAUAGGCCUGUAUGGCGUGCGUCGGGAGUACUUCGGGUCGGGAAUCGGCCAAAAACUGUUCGCUCGGGUGAUGGCAUACAUAGGGGACAGGGAUUGCUGCCUGUUUUCGGUGCCCGGAAAGGAACUCCUAUAUAAGGAAAGGCUGGGCUUUCGGGUAGAGACGGGACACGAGUUGCACAUCUAUUACGGACGGAGGGGAACGGGAGGUGAUGGCGAUGUCAAUAAUAAUCGUAUCGACGGCUAUAAUAAUGGCGUGAAGUUUGUGUCGAAACUUAGCGAUAGUUUGUUAGCGAAAGUCUGUGAUUACGAUCGGGAUAUACACGGCUGCCGGCGCUCUAAACUACUGGAGCUAUCGCUGAGAGAACCGGGAUGUGAGACAGUGGUGGCCGUGUGCGCGGACAGGGAUUGUGUGGUGGGCUACGGGUGUAUACGGGAUGACAGCGCCCACUGCGGGUCGUUAUGCCCGGUCUAUGCGGACGGGUAUGCGAUCGCUAGACGUGUGGUUCAGGAGUUAAUUAAUUUGUCGGAAAAUGCGCUCAAAAAUGGUUACUAUUAUUAUACGAUUAGCACGAAUGAGAGGGCCGUUAGACUGGCACAGGACCUACACCUGGAUGUGAUGUCUAGAGAACCACUUUUGUGCCGCAAUUUUGUCACCAAAAACGUGAACAAAACUUCGCCGCAAUGUAUAGUACACGUGUCGACCCUAUCGGCUACCGGCGCUCAGAAAUACUCGGAAACUGGACGCACGGAAGUGAUCCGAAACACCCGUAACCCGGAGUGGACGGUACGGGUGCCCAUCGACUACCGGUUCAACGAGUGUCAGACACUGAGGCUAGAGGUGUGGGACUACGAUAUAUGCGCCGACAACGAGCUACUCGGCCACCUGGACGUGGACGUGUCGGCGCUCAUAGCCUCCCGGGAGCCGGUGGUUAAGAAGCGACUCAGACUACCGGCGCCCGCGAGCGCUGUCGACGCUCAACAGCCGUACCAUUCGUUUCAAGUGACGGGCGAACUCUGGCUAACCAUCUAUGAAGUGUUGGCCUCCAAACAGACGGUGCGCAUGCAGUUCGCCGCAAAAACCCUACCCCAGAAGGACUUCCUGGGGUCGUCCGACCCGUACGUAGUCGUGAGUAAGGAGUCGACGGACGGCGCCUACACUCCCGUCCACCGCACGGAAGUCAUACACAAAACACUGGCGCCCGAGUGGUCCGAGUUUACGGUACGGGUGCACGACCUGUGCGACGGCGACCACCACAAGCGCCUACGCCUAGCGGUGUACGACUGGGACCGGCAUACGAGUGACGACUUCAUAGGGGCCGUCAGUACGUCACUACACGACCUGAACCGUCAGCUGACGGCAGGCGCUGCCGUACUUGAGUUGCGACGACUGGGGAAAGACAUCACGAAUAGUGGCGUCCAGUUGUCGACGAAGAGGUCUACGGAUGGGUCGGAGGGAAAGGCGUCCAAAAGGAGGAGUAUUUUGUUGAGGAGUAGGGCUAAUGAGAGCACGAAUUGCGGUGUUUUACUGGUCAGUAAACUCCAGUUCCGGUCGGUGCCCACGUUUGUCGACUACAUGUCGAGCGCCGGCACUCAGAUUCACUUCGUGGCGGCCGUCGACUGCACGUCCGACUCCCAGUCCUACCAUCAACGGCCUAUAGUAGUGAAUACUACCGGCGGCACCACCACUACUACCGGUGCCGUCGCUCCUUACAACUGCUUCGAGUACAUAAUAGACAGUUUGGGUCAAGUGCUGCACCCAUACGACUACCAGGGCCUGUAUGUCAUGUACGGGUUCGGGGCCCGACCCCUACCGGGCCGACACGUGUCGCACGCGUUUAACAUGAAAACCGAUUCAGUGGUUCCCUAUUGCGAUGGCGUGGACGACAUGCGCCGGUGCUAUAGGGCUGGCCUUAAACUGGUGGACCAUUUGUCGUCGUGCGGGGGCCGGCAGUUCGCGCCCGUACUCAAUGAGGUGCUGGCGUUGACCAAAAACUUUCAAAAUGGGAAACACUAUUUCGUGGUCACCAUAAUAACCGCCGGUUCCCACGGGGACAGCGCCGACACACUGGAGGCUAUAGUGAGGGCCUCGGCUAUGCCCCUGUCCAUCGUGAUAGUAGGUGUGGGCAAU